AUGUCUUAUUAUCUAACCUCAGAAGCGCUCCCCCCCGUAAGAGUUUUGUGUCUUGUUUACACAGAUGACAUACACAGACCUCUGAGAGAUCCACUGAACUCCUUAUUAUUCCAGUUUCCCCUAGUGUGUGAGAAUGUUGAAAAAGCCUCGCUAUAGAAUGUUGUCAAACCAGUAGAGUAUUCAGAUGAAUCAGGAUUUUGUGAACUCCUGUGAAAGACUAGCCAAGCGUGGAGCUGUCGGGAUACCUCCAUCUUGCGAGUUUCUUGCUCAAGCAGAGAAGCGACUUGCCGCCAAAAUACCAACUCCUAUAGCUACAAGCAGCCUGUUGCAAAUUCCAUUUCUCUUGACAACGCGGCCCGAGAGUGAACACGUUGGCGUAAUUACCUUUGAUAGCUGUACUCUUGGAGAUGUUCAUUUCGAAGGCCUUUGUAUAUUUUCCAGUAUGCGCUCAAAACUCUCAGUGAAGGGAUGUCCUGCUGAUGAUAUAUUGAGGGGAAUGAUUCAACGUGGUGAGCCCUAUGUCUUCGAGGAAAUUGAAGAAGAGCUCAUCCAAUGUUCAAAACAAUUGGUGCUGGAUGACCCGCAGGUCUACAAAUGUCACCUUUUUCUCGAGCUAUUAUACGUGAAAUCGGGCUUCCUGUUUACGACGUCAUCACCAUGAUAGAUUGGUUUUAUUCAGGGCUGGUACGUAAAACGACGGUGCCGGACGAAUACAGGAAAGCAGGCUUACGGCCAAGACGGGGGAGUGAAAAAGAAUUGCAAAAAGAAUGA